AUGGAUCAAAACAACAGUGUAUCUGUGUUUAUAUUGUUGGGAUUGACCCAGGAUCCUCAGAGGCAGAAAAUGGUGUUUUCAAUCUUCUUGAUUUUCUAUGUGGGAACCAUAGUGGGGAAUCUGCUCAUUAUUGUGACUAUCAAGUCCAGCAAGACACUUGGGAGCCCCAUGUACUUUUUCUUAUUUUAUUUGUCCUGUGCUGAUACCUGCUUUUCAACAUCUAUAGCCCCUAGACUAAUUGUCGAUGCCCUCUCUGCCAAGAAAGAGAUUUCCUACAAUGAGUGCAUGACACAAGUUUUUGCACUACAUUUAUUUGGAGGUUUGGAGAUCCUUGUUCUUGUCCUGAUGGCUGUUGAUCGCUAUGCAGCCAUAUGUAAACCCUUGCACUACCCCACCAUCAUGAGAAGACAGGUUUGUCGCAUCUUGAUUGUUCUUGCUUGGAUAGGGGCUUUUAUACAUGGCACUACUCAGAUUAUUCUGCUCUUAAGAUUGCCAUUCUGUGGACCCAAUUUGAUUGACCAUUACUGCUGUGAUUUGCAGCCCUUGUUGAAACUUGCUUGCAUGGACACUUAUGUGAUCAACUUGUUGUUUGUGUCUAACAGUGGGGCACUUUGCUCAUGUAGUUUCAUGAUUUUGAUGAUCUCAUACAUUGUCAUUUUGCAUUCGCUGCGUAACCAUAGUUCAGAAGGGAGGAAAAAAGCUCUCUCCACUUGUACUGCCCACAUCAUUGUUGUUGUGUUAUUCUUUGGUCCCUGUAUAUUCAUAUAUACACGACCUCCAACCACUUUACCUAUUGACAAGAUGGUGGCCGUAUUCUAUACCAUUGGAACACCCUUUCUCAACCCACUUGUUUAUACACUGAGGAACACAGAGGUGAAAAAUUCUAUGAGAAGGUUAUGGCAUGUUAAAAUCAUGACUGAAUAA